GCGAGCGAUGUUGCUGGAGCACUGCGAGCGGUCCGCGUAGAGAGGAGAUGCCGCGCCCCAGCCGGGAGUCGUACGGCGACCAGAAGCCGCCCUACUCGUACAUCUCGCUGACGGCGAUGGCCAUCUGGAGCUCGCCCGAGAAGAUGCUGCCGCUGGCCGACAUCUACCGCUUCAUCACCGACAACUUCCCGUACUACCGGCGCAACACGCAGCGCUGGCAGAACUCGCUGCGCCACAACCUCUCCUUCAACGACUGCUUCGUCAAAGUGCCGCGCCGGCCCGACAGGCCGGGCAAGGGCGCCUACUGGACUCUGCACCCGGACGCGCUGGGCAUGUUCGAGAACGGCUCGCUGCUGAGGCGCCGCAAGCGGUUCAAGCUGCUCAAGACGGACAAGGACCGCCUGGAGAACGAGCUGGCCGCGCUCGCCAACAUCAACAGGUUCAUGUUCGCUCCGCCCCCGCCGCCGCCGCCCCCGGCGCUGCCGCCGCCUCCGCCGCCUCCGACAGUGCCCGAGAUCACCUCCGUGGUGCCGAGCCAACCGGCGCCACGGCCGAAACGCGACUUCACCAUCGAGAGCCUCAUCUCGCCGGACAAGCCCUCGGAGGUGGCUCCGUCGACGGCGGCGGUGGUCGUGCCGCCCCCGGCCGGCGCCCCUGUGACCGCCCCCGCGCCGCGGCUGCAGCCGCUGGUGUACACGCCGGCGCCGUGCUACCUUCACCACCAUCAUCACCACCACUCGGCGCCGCCCCCGCCGGCCCCCACGUCGGCGAGCGCCGCCGCCGCAGCCGCCGCCGCAGCGGCCGCCGCCUACCUGCACCACCCGUGGCUGAUGGCCGGACCGCCGGCCGCCGCCGCUCCCGGCUUCUACCCCGAGGUGCCCGGCGUUUCGCACGCCGGACCUAUCUUCAGGUUCAGCCCGACGCUGCGGUCGGUCUGACCCGCGGCGCACGCCGUGGCCGCCGCCCCGGACUGCGUGCUGCCGCGGCGGCUCGACGCCCACGCGAUGCCGGUGCUGCCGCCCUCUGUUCCGCCGUCGACGUCGUCGUCGUCUUCGUCGUGAUGGGAAGCGGUGCACUAGCGCGGGCAACCCGGUGUAAGUUUCUCAAAACAAAUCUCUGUCUCCAGUAUUUCUGCCUUCUCUAAAUUAUACCGCUACAUUGCUCAUUCCUGCAUUAACUCUCUGUUGUCACGGACAAAAUUAGCUGUGCUAUACGCGUGAUGUCUUACGUGAACUUAUGUGCACAAAGCUAGUUGAAUAUUUGUGGUCGAACUAAACGCAAUGCGACUAACUGUGAGGAGAAACACGAACAAAUAUAUCGUGCUUUUUCGUGUAUAUGGUAUACUCGGAUUUAUCACAAACUGCCUGCUUCCAGUCUUGCAAAGAUGACUCGUUUAGUGUUGUAUUAUUAGUUUUGGGCACAUUUCAGUCAUCAGGAACAAUAGCAUAUUAAAAUCAUAUUUUUGACGCAAUGAAACGCUUUACACUAGUAAACAUCGAAAUGUUGGGAACACAUUGUUACUUCAUUGCUGUAUGACUUGUGCUGUGGUGAAAUGUUAAUUUACCGAUAACAAAACGCUUCAGACUACUAAACGUCGAAAUCAUCAGUAAAAGUAAAAAAAAAAAAAAUCUUUCUAUCUGAUAAGCAAUGCACAUACAUCUAAUAUUUCGUUUGUAAUACUAGAUUCUGAAAUAUUUUUGUCAGUUGAGGGAAACAGUGUUAUCUGGUCAUCACCGUGUCCGCUUGUACUUCGGCGAUUGUUACUAAUAAUACAUUAAAAAUUCAAGAUUAAACAUAGCUGUAGAGGAAUGCCAGUAGUUAACGGCACUACCGAGAAUACAGCUUUUUGGAAACUGGGAUUCACCUCAAAAUUUCUAUAGUCAAUCACCUUGAGUGUCUAAUUAAAUAUUACGUGAUUGAUGCGGGCAAGUAUGAAACAUUAAGUACAGCGCUGAACCAGUUGUCACCAAGUGAACGGCAGCAGGCGAUUUGUUACAAAUCUGAAAACUACGGUGCAGUUAUAAACAGCGACGCGGUAACAUGGUACUCUUCUACGGAAUUUCCUUCUGUAAAUUGAAACCACAACAUUCCGUUAAUUUUAUGUUGUCGGCAACCCACGAACCGCCUGUAAACACGAUGCGCAGCCGGCGGUCUCUCGCUGAUUUUGUCCGAGGCACCAGGGGGCGGGGGGAAUGGAGCGCAGACCGCCCCUGUCAAAUCCCACCGACCCACCGGGUUGCCCGAGCUACAAGUAAGUGUCUAACAGUUGUCAUGGAAACUGCUAGCGGAUGUCUGGUGAACUGUGCCCUGGUGUGCUCGACUCGUUCUGCCGUAGAAACUGUAUUAUCUGAAGUAGCGUUACCCGGUAUUAAGUGUAGCUGUGAGUUUGUCCCAAAUUUAGGCCUAGCCCUCCAUGUGACACAACUUUAUGUCCCCCCAUCCUUGCUAGGCGUCGCUCUAAGUACUGAACUGUAUCCUUACUCUCACUGCUGAGACAAUGUACUUUCAAUAUGAAGUGUAAACUCCUGGACGCGUUUCUUCUAAUUCAAGCCAGAGACAUGUUGUUUACGUCACGGUUUUCAGCAGUUAAUUUCGGAAAGGAUCAAUUUCUUUCCUAGUACAAAAAUUGAUUCAUGUAAACAGAAAUACAGCAGAGAGACUGUUUCUCCUAUAGACGAGAAAAAAGAAUAAAAAAAGAACGUUAAAUAUUUGUAGCUAUUAAGCAUGUUGAC